GUUGACGUUAUUCCAGGAUAAAGAGACAGAGGCCAGUCUUUGAAUAACGCGCAACAUGAAAACUUCAAAAAAUACGGAAGAUUUUGAAUGGGCAGUAAAGUUGAAUAGGUGUACUUUGAAAAUCAUCGGUCUUUGGCCCGAGACAGAACAAACUACAUGGGAAAAGUGUAUGUGCAAUUUACGUGUGUUUAUCGUUUUCAUGUCAUUGCUGAUUGGUAUUUUGAUUCCUGCCAUACAUUCUCUAAUAAGAAUUCGUGGAGAUGUUAUGCUAAUGAUAGACAAUUUACAAUUUACUUUACCAGUCGUCACCGCCAUGCUAAGAAUUGUAAUUUUUUGGUGGAAGAAAGAAGCUGUAUCAUCUUUAAUGGAUAUGAUCGCGGAUGAUUGGGUAAAGCCGAAAGCUUCUUGGGAAAAAAUUAUAAUGAUUACAAGGGCGCAAACUGCGCGUACAAUUACAAUAUUUAUGUACAGCAUGAUGGGAAUAUGUCUCUCCAUUUCGAUAUUUAUGCCUGCUUGUGGUUUUUCAAUGAGAUACUUAACGAACAUUACUGAUCCAGGCAAACCAUUGCCAUUACAAACGUAUUAUUAUAUAUGUGAUAUAACUAAAAGUCCACAAUACGAAUUAAUAUAUAUUUCUCAAGCUGUCUCCAUGUUCUUAGGCGUUUUGCCUUACACGGGUAUAGAUAAUUUUCUUAGUUUGUUGAUAUUUCAUAUCUGCGGCCAACUGGAUAUCCUGAAAAAUCGUAUCACGCAUCUGGAUAAAUUCACAAAUUAUGCUAAAGCUUUAAAAAACUGCGUAAUGGACCACACGCGGCUAAUCAGAUCUAUUGCCAUUAUAGAAGACACUUUUAAUCUAAUGUUACUUGCAUUAUUUCUGUAUUUUGGUAUUCUUUUCGCUUUUUACGGAUUUUUAAUUCUUAAUCUUCUAGAUGAGGGGAAUUACUUAUCUAGUUCUCGUUUAACAUAUCUCAUAACAAUGGUUAUCAAUACGUUUGGACACAUGUGUGCUUAUUGUGCUGUAGGCGAAAUUUUAGUAUCGCAGUGUAAUCGAAUUCAUUAUGCUGCAUAUUUUAAUAAAUGGUAUACUCUGAAUCCAAAAGAUGCGCGGGAUAUAAUUUUCCUAAUGAUCAGGACCAAUGAACCUCUCUAUCUUACCGCUGGCAAAGUAUUUCCUAUGACAAUGGCUACAUUUUGCAACUUAAUAAAAACAUCAGCCGGUUACAUAUCCGUCUUACUGACGACAAAAUAUUAAUUUGAAAAUAAAAUAAAUAUAAAUUAUGUGAUAUAAUACAA